AGCGGGCCGGGAGCGCAGCCAGCAGGCCGCGGACAGGCCUGGGCGGGGGACAGGCGAGGCAGGGCAGGGCAAGGCAAGGAAGGCAGCCGGGUGACGGGUCGUGCGGCGGAGGGGGCUCCGGGCGGAGAGGGAGCGGGCGGGCGGCCGGGGCUCCCCGCUCCGCAGGGCGGCCGGCGGGGCAGGAUGAGCCAGGAGGAGAUCCUGAGGAAAUUCAUUAAGCGCGUCCAGGCCAUGAAGGACACAGACCACAAUGGGGAGGACAACUUCGCCAGCGACUUCAUGAGGUUAAGAAGAUUAUCAACAAAAUACAGAACAGAGAAGAUCUACCCAACAGCCACUGGAGAAAAAGAAGAAAAUGUUAAAAAGAAUAGAUACAAGGAUAUAUUGCCAUUUGAUCAUAGUCGAGUUAAACUGACCUUAAAAACUCCCCCACAAGAUUCAGACUACAUCAAUGCAAAUUUCAUUAAGGGAGUCCAUGGGCCAAAAGCGUGUGCUACACAGGGACCCUUAGCCAAUACAGUCAUAGACUUCUGGAGGAUGAUAUGGGAAUACAAUGUUGCUAUAAUUGUAAUGGCCUGUCGAGAGUUUGAAAUGGGAAGGAAAAAAUGUGAGCGUUACUGGCCUCUGUAUGGAGAAACAGCUGUAACUUUUGGACCAUUUCGUGUUUCUUGUGAAGCUGAGCAAGCAAGAACAGAUUACUUCAUUAGAACAUUAUUACUUGAAUUUCAAAAUGAGACUCGUAGUGUCUAUCAGUUUCAUUAUGUUAACUGGCCUGACCAUGAUGUCCCUUCAUCUUUUGAUUCUAUUCUGGACAUGAUCAGCUUGAUGAGAGAAUACCAGGAACAUGAAGAUGUACCAAUUUGCAUACACUGCAGUGCAGGGUGUGGAAGAACGGGAGCCAUCUGUGCCAUAGAUUAUACAUGGAAUUUACUUAAAGCUGGGAAAAUACCUGAAGAAUUCAAUGUAUUUAAUUUAAUACAGGAAAUGAGGACUCAAAGGCAUUCUGCAGUGCAGACAAAGGAGCAGUAUGAACUUGUCCAUCGAGCCAUAGCACAACUAUUUGAAAAGCAACUGCAAAAAUAUGAAAGUUGUGCAGACUGGAAGAUUGCAGAUGGAGUGGAUGAAAACAAUACAGAGAAUGCUGUCAGUUCUUCAGAUGCUGAGAAGCAGGAUUCUCCUCCACCAAAGCCUCCACGGACCCGCAGUUGCCUUGUAGAAGGAGAUGCUAAAGAAGAAAUCUUGCAGCCUCCAGAGCCUCUGCCAGUACCACCGAUCUUAACACCAUCUCCCCCAUCAGCUUAUCCAACAGUCACUACCGUGUGGCAGGACAAUGAUAGAUACCAUCCAAAGCCAGUUUUGCACAUGGUUUCAUCAGAGCAUUCAACAGACCUCAACGAGAAUUAUAAUAAGUCAACAGAAACAUCAGGGAAGAACGAACCCAGUGAACGUGCAGAGAAAAGGCUGGAGCGCAACUUAAGUUUUGAGAUCAAGAAGGUACCUCUUCAGGAGGGACCACGAAGCUUUGAUGGGAACUCCCUGUUGAACAGGGGACAUGCAAUUAUUAAGCCUGUGUCAUCCUCUGUAAUUGAUAAGAGCUUUAAGCCACAGGAACAGAUUUCAGGGGAUUCAUUUGUAGAUGCUUCUCAAAACUCGCGUGUGGAAUACAAUGUCCCACAGUCUAAUACAGCCUUAAUACCUUCACCAGAAAGUCAACAGGUGUCUGAUACUCCACCAAGACCAGACCGUCUGCCUCUGACAGAAAAGGGACACGCCACGUGGUCACUACAUGGACCUGAAAGUGCAUUGUGUACGUCAGCGUCUGGAGACACAUCUUCAGACACCUUGUGUCAUGGUGUUAAAACUCUCUCUCUAACAUCAAACACCACAGUUGAACAUCCUUCCAGUGAUAAUGUUGAUCAUACCCCUAUUUCUGUCCGAGCACCCCUCUGUUUUACUAAUCCUCUCCAUUCAGAUGAUUCUGACACGGAGGUGAACUUUGAUGGAGCCGUGAGCAAAAGCGCAUCUAAUGUGUCAACCGCAAGUGCCACAGUCUCUGCUGCCACUAGUACUGAAAACAUUUCUGCCAGGAAAGUAUUGCCAAUGUCUAUUGCUAGGCAAGACUUAACAGCUGUAACGUUUUCUGAAGAUGGCAAAGAUGCUGAUGCUAGUGAAGAAUCCUCUCCCCCGCUCCCAGAAAGAACACCAGAAUCAUUUGUAUUAGCAAGUGAACAGAGCACACCCUUGCUGAAGCCAGUUGUGAUUGCGCAGUCGGAGUGGAGCAUAUUGCGUGAUCAGCAUCUCCCUGAGCAAGCAGCCUCCACAAGUUUGAAAACAACUUCACCUCUACUACCUGAUCAUCCUGAAAGAAGCAACAAAACACCAACUGACAUUUUACCUCAGAUCUUUUCUGGUUCCACUGAUACAAGAGGUCAAAUUUCAGAAUUUCCUGCAGAAGUAACAGAUAUUGGUUUUGGUAACCGCUGUGCAAAGCCCAGAGGACCAAGAGAACCACCCUCAGAAUGGACAUGAUCCAAGAACCAAUGGACAUACUAUCAUUAAGUUCUACUGGAAAACUCAAGUGCCACUGAGAACUAGAAAAAUAGUAUUCCACUUUUCUGGGGGGCAACUAACACAGAGCAGUGUAGAUCUAACU